AUGUUUAUAAUUUUAAUUUUAGGUAGUUGUGAACAACUUGAGUCUAACAAGUGUUCAUCAUGCUUGCAACUAGCAGGAUGUGCUUGGUGUUCAGAUGUGGUAUGUGUUACCAAUCAUUGUUUAUUGAAAAUAAUUCAAGAGAUUUGAUUGGUUAAGAGCUGUCGGUGAAAUCGUCAUAUCCGCUCGGUAGCUGCGUCAUAGUUUAUUAUUGGACAGAUUUAGAUCGAGGACGCGGACGACAAAGACGACGUGAAAAUGGCGUGUUGUGCCCAUGUAUGGAUAUGCGACGCCAUUUUCACGUCGUCUUUGACGUCCGCGUCCUCGUUCUAAAUAUGCCUAUUGUUGUUAUAUAGUGGUGAGCCCGCACGACUCGCCUCGUGUAGUUUGUAUAGGUUAUAUACUUCAUGCUGUCCUCGGCGAAGUGUAUUAUUGGUUAUUCUUUUUUUGUAUUUCUCAGUACAGUCUGCAUUGUUAAACUGUCGUUUAUUUUCGCUCACUGUGUUUACUCGUCUCAAAUUUGGACAUCACCGUGGAAUAUCGAAAACAAAUAUACCACGUUUGACGUAAUUUCAUGGUAUGUUGAAAAACAAUGUAACACGCCAUGACGUCACGCUAAUUUAUGCGGCUUAUGUCAAAAGCGGGAAAAUACAAAGGGCUUCUUCAAAGGAAAGGUUCGCCAACCUUUUUUUGUAUAUUCCGACAAAUAAAUAAUAAAACAAUUAUUGAAUUCGGUUCUCGCAUGAGGAAUUAUUAAGGCUUCGGUUUGUGUUAUCUGCCUCAGCCUUCUGAAGAUAACACAACCCUCGGCCUUAAUAAUUCAUCAUAUCCUGCGAGAACCGAAUUCAAUAAUUGUUUUUGUAAUAACAUGAACUUUCCAACAAGUUACAAGGUCUUAUUAUUGUUGAAUUGCCUUAUCAUGUGACCAUGAUGAGCAUGUGAGAUUGUGUGCUUGGGGUGCUAAUAAUGUACAAUAAAGAAAAAAAUGCAUUUCAUCGAGCUACUGUAAUAUUAAUAGUAGUUAUAAAAAUUGUGCGAGUUUGAAAUAGUUUAAAGGUUUCGAUAUGGUUACCAAGCAUACUUUAUACCAAGUUCUAGAGGGUCAAAGCAAACUUGUUGUUAAAGUAAUGACUGGAGUUCAACCCAAUAUCCACAAACAUGUGCAUGCCUUAAAAAGGGUAACAGUACACGAUGCACCUACAUGGCAUCUUGUUCUGUCAGAUGAUUAUACCGACCUAAAUUAUGAGCCGUAUCAAAUGGAUUAAAGUGGUUAGUGGUCAUCAAGUCUGUUUUGCUCAACAUGUGCAUGAUUUAUUUCCAAAUAAUUUUGAAUAUUCAGCGGAUUCCAAAAUGUACUUUUAAUUGAAGUCUGAAUUAGUACAACAACAUAAUGGAAGAUAUUUGCCUUCCAAAUACAAAAUAAAUACAAAAUAUACACAUCUAAACUCUGACAAUUGAUGACUGCAUGAAAUUUUUAAUUUGAUUUCUACAGAACAGUAUUGCCCCGACAAUAAUCAAAUAGUUAAUCAAAGGCUAUUUUAAAAUGUAUCGAGUUUCGUUAAAAUGUACAGUAAAGCUACUGUACAAUCCAUUUUUCAAUGAAAAUGAACUGGAUAUACGGUAUGAAUUGUUUUACUGCCAAUUUUAGAAUUAUACGAGUACUCGAUGUAACACACCACAGGAACAUGUCAGAUUCCAAUGUAAUAUGACAGUCGAUGGCAAUCCAGAUUCUAAACCAACAGUGAGUGUGCUUCAAUUUAACUGUAUUUAUUAUAUAUUAUUAUUUAAAAGCAUUCAUGGUUUCUGAUUGUUAAAUCGCCAUAUCAACUCAACAGCUGGCCAAAUAUACAGUUUUGUAUGGGAAAUUACACGGUUCGAGAAGUAUUACAUAUAAUGAAAAACCGCACGCGUGUUUGGCGAAAUGUUUAUAAUAAAUAUUUCGCCAAACACAAGUGUAAUGUUUCAUUAAUACUUCGAGUAUAAUUUCCAGCAAUCAAUGACAAGAAACAUUGUAUUUGUAUAUUCAAGCGAGCAAAGCCAUUGCGAGCAAUUUCUGACAUUAAUUUUCAAUUUAAACGUGUAAAAACUGUGAAUAAUCUUUAUUUCUUCUUUUUCUUCGUUAUAAAAGCAUGCUGUAAAUAAGAGCUCAUUGAAAAAUAAGAGCUCAGAAAAUAUAAAUUUUUAAGUUGUUUAUUUAGAUUUUGACAUUUUGUGUUCAAUCCACGCGGGCUAAUAUUCGAUCAGAUAUUAGAUAAAAUAUUAUAAUAAACGGAGUUUAAAGUCCUGAUCAAACGAGAACGAGAGUUGUUGAGAAGCGAUAGUUUCCAUGCCAUUGUCACAGAAUAGGAAGGUACAGCAGAAGUGUAACUUGAAAUUUUAACUCACUCACGCCAUCCUGGCUAGUACAACCGGAAGUUUUUAUCAGGUUUUGGUAGGUACAAAGUGCCGGUUGUACUAGCCAGGAUGGCGUUAUUGAUGACGAAUUGCUUAUAAAAACGCGGACAAAUACUUGCUUGAGUUACACUUCUGCUAUACCUUCCUAUUCUGUGCCAUUGUCAAACGAGAACAAGAGUUGCGUGAGAGUUGAUUAGAGUUGAUACUGGAUACUAGAGACUGGAUACUACCGCACGCGCGAAAACUCUCAUCAAAAUUUGAACCAGUUCAAAGCUGACGUGAGUGCAUGAGACGUCUGACCGGGGCUUAAUGUUAAAGAAAUGAAUCACUGUGUGAUGGAUUAUUCUACGGCUUAAGCAGGUUUUCCACUUCGCCCGUAUCGUAUCGUACCGAAACGUACUGGUAAGCAUGCGCAGAUUGAAAAGAGGUUUAUAAAACCACGUACUUCCGGGUGUAUUCUCGUAUCAAAGUAAAAAGUUCGUCGCAAGUCAACUUUUUGGCGUACUACGGAAGUACUAUAUAACCAAUCAACAUUCACGAAAUUUUGAAAUUUAACGUUUUUGAUACGUUUCGGUACGGUACGCUUGAAGUGGAAAACCAGCUUUACUGUUAAAGAAAUGAAUCACUAUGUGAUGGAUAAUACAGUCACUACAUGUGGUGGAUGGAUAGCCUGUGCAAGCUACAAAUUUUUUAUUUAACCCUUUCACUUUGCUGGAUACAAUGACUUACUGUACAGUGUAUACCAUUGUAUUUAAAUACUACCAUUGUAUUUAUAAAGUGAUACAAAAUACUGAUUUAUUGCAACUAAUUUUGUAGCUGGAAAAGGAAGUCCUGACAGACUUAAAUCAGAUAACACCUAAAAAAGUUUCAGCCAGAGUGCGCGUAGGUUGGUAUAUAUACACUAGAUUUUUGUAUUAACUUGAUGGUACUUUGGUCUGGGCUCUUGUAUAUAGUUUUGAAAAAUACUGAACACCGGUGUCAGAAAAUUAAUCUGCAAAGUAAAUAUUAAUACACACCGAUAUACACUUACAGUAUAUUACUGAUAUAGCUAACCUGCCCUCAUUGGAGCAGAAAAGACGAACGGAGAAUGAGGGCCUGAAAGAAAACACGGCUUUCGUGACUACCAAUUGUGACUAUGUGCCGUUCAUUUUUGUAGGGUAGAAUGUGAUUGGUCGAUCAGUGCCAUAAGUUUAUUGACUUGUUUAUAAUACGUCCAAGCGAGUACCUGUGCAUUAGUACUAUUUCAAACACUCGUAGGAGUGCAGCACGAGCAUUUUAGCUAUGAUAAAACACUCCUACACAAGUGUUUUGAAUAGCUUCAAACACGACUACAAUAGAUGCCGUCUCAUUAGUAUUCUUUAUAUAAAGAAUACUAAUUAGGGUAGACUUUUAUAUAUAGAAUACUAAUGAAGAUGAGUUUUAUCAGGUAUACAGUAAAGCUUCUUCUUCUUACCAAUAAGCUUAUGAAUUAUUAAUGAGUUAUUAUGAAUUAUGAAUUGUUAAUAUGAAUUAUUCUACCUCUUCUUCUUGCCAAUAAGCUCAUGAAUUAUUAAUGAGUGUUUGAAUUGUAGUUAACCAGCUGCUUUACGUACAGUGUAUGUAUUAUCUAUUUUUUAACUUGUUUAAUGCAACGGAUAUUUUCUAAAUAUUUUUAUUUGUUUCUAGGCGAGCCUAUCACAUUCAAAUUACAAAUUGAACCUUCCGCGAACUAUCCUGUUGACUUUUACAUUUUGAUGGAUUUAACUGCCACCAUGGAUGAUGAUCUAAAUAAUCUUAAGAAGCUUGCACUGAAUAUUU